AUGGGGCGGCCUGGGGGUGGCUCUGGCCCCUUCUCCCGGCAUGGCCACCUGGUGGGGACACGGCCAGGCUCCCCCUCCGGACCCAUCUCCCGAGGAGAAAAGUCCCCCAGCAACACCGAGGGGCGCAGUCGGCCGUGUCCCCAACCCCGAGCAGGAGAGAAGGGCAAGGGGGGUCACGGAGAAAACACGGCCGUGGGGGGAGGCCCCCUCCCCGGGCCUGGCUCAGGGGCUGAGGAACCGUCGAUGAAAGGAAGUCAUCGCCCUGAGAAAACACGGCCUCCCAGCCCCCCGUUAACGCACCUGCCGUCCCGAGAACUACCGUCACCUCCACCUGUGACCCUGUGGCGGACACAUCUGCUGGGGGCCCGGAGGUCACAGGCGGCCAGCCCCUCCCGGCCGCCCCCCAGGCAGGUGGAGGCUGAGGGUCCCCCGGCGCAUCCACCAUGGAGGCCGCCCAGGGCAGUUCAUGGCGGGAGGACCAAGGCCGGGGACAGGAGAGACUCGCCCGCCCACCAGAGCCCAGGCAGCCUGCACACCCAGCUCAGACCCCACGGAGGAAGACCCAGCCUCCUGGGGGGGCGUCUCAGAGCCAGACCCCCAGCCCCCGGCACUGCUGGUGGCCCCUGGUGUGUGGGUCGGGCUGGAACGUCGCUGUCACCACAGAUUGGGAGGCCCAAGCCCAGAAGACCCUCCUCUCGCCCGCAGGAGCUGCCUCAGUUUCCCCUCUCCGUUGCCAGCCUCCCUCUGUGCCCCCCGGAGCAGGCGUGCGCCUGCCCAUCCACCCCGGGCCCUGCCGCGCGGCACAGCCCGCCGGCCCCACUCCACGGAGAAGACACGGGGGCUCCGGGCAGCCGAGCCGCCCACCUGGGGUCACCCCCAGGUUUCGGGGACCCCCAAAUCUGA